UUCUACACAAAGAAAAUACAAAAUUUGUUAACAUCACCAGUCUCUCUCGUUUCCAGCUCCCAUGGCGAACACCGCCGAGGAACACGAAUCAGAAGGGCGCCCCUCGCUUAUUUUCCACGGCCCACCAUCGGCGUCCGCCUUCAGUAUUUUCCCCUUCGUCAAAACGAAAUUCGUCGUCCUCGACCCUCGGGCGGACCCGCCGCACCCGUCGUUCCCGGCGUUGUCCAAGGCCGCGCGGCUCAUGCUCUGCUGGGGGCCAACGCCGGUCACCUCUGAGGACCUGGCUCGGUACCCGGCCCUCGAGUGCAUCGUCGGCUCCAGCGCUGGGCUCAACCACUUCGAUCUGGACGCCUGCCGCCGCCGCGGCGUCCGCGUCACAAGCGCCGGAGAGGUGUUCUCCGAUGACGUCGCGGAUUACACCGUCGGCCUUGCAAUCGACGUCCUGAGACGCCUCACCGCAUCAGAUCGGUUUCUUCGGGCCGGGUUCUGGCCUCUCGAAACCGGGUUCGCUCUCGGGUCCAAGGUGACAGGAAAGCGCAUAGGGAUCGUGGGGCUCGGGAGCAUCGGCACGAGGGUCGCCAAGAGGUUCGAAGCAUUCGACUGCACCAUAGCCUACACGUCAAGGAAGAUCAAACCCGGUGUCUCGUAUCCUUUCUAUCCCAACAUCGUCGAUCUUGCAUCAAAUGUAGAUGUACUGGUCCUCUGCUGUCCAUUGACCGACAAAACACACCAUUUAGUUGAGCACACUGUAAUGACGGCGCUGGGGAAGAGCGGUGUUAUAAUCAAUGUGGGGCGAGGGGGCCUCAUCGACGAGAAGGAACUGGUUGAGUUCUUGGUGAGGGGCGACAUUGGCGGCGCCGGACUCGAUGUGUUCGAGAACGAACCUCAUGUUCCCGACGAGCUGAUGAAGCUGGAGAAUGUGGUCUUGUCUCCCCACAGAGCUGUCCUAACUCCAGACUCGCUUGCAGCUCUUGCCGACCUGGUUCGGAGCAAUCUCGAAGCUUUCUGCCUGGACAAACCUUUGCAGACGGAGGUCAACUUUGAGUAAUUAGACCAGAGAUGGAAGAAGACGAUAAUCAACCCUCCCUUUGUCCUUUUAAGGCACUAUGAAUGCUUCCAAUUUCCUAUGGAAAGUCCAGUUACUCUUUGGAUGUUGUUAUAUUCUUCCAAUAUAGUAAUUGAUUUAUGUCACGUCUUUGUGCCUCCACGUUUGGAUGUCACUAUUAGGACCAGUAAAUGUUUGACUACGAAAUUUAUGAUGAUUAAUAAUUGGUUUGAUCAAUGUCGAUUUUUUCUAU